AUGUUUACAACGAUUUUUCUUACAACGUCAUGGCAAUGUACACUCCUAAUGUUAAUACUUCCGAAUUCACUUGGUCUUGCAGCGAAUCAAUGGCCACAUAUGAAUAUGGGUUACAUACUUGUUGGUCUCGGAUUCUUUCUUAUCUGUAUUAUCGAAGAAUCGAUAAAACUCUACGAACGCUAUUCAUCGAAUAAACAAGCGAAGACUGAAAAAGAACAGCUGAUUGAUUCGUUUAGUCUAUGCAAUCAUGAUGGUCAAUUGACACGACUCGUUACACUUGUCUUUGCACUCGGUGUUCAUUACUUUUUCAGUGGUAUUCUCAUCGGUGGACACACACAAGACGCGACCUCACUAUGGAUUUUACUCGGUGCGAUCUGUUCGCAUAUGGCUUUAAUAGCAUUUUCUGUCACACUUCGUUUAUUGAUUGAUCAUCAAAACUAUCUUCGAGUUUUUACUUCAAUGUGCAUUUGGAGUUUUAUGGGACCAUUGGGUGUGCUUUUAAGUUUAUUGAUCAGUUCAGAUUCUACGGAAUUGAAUUACAUCAAUGGAAUUUUGCAAUGCUUAAGUGCAGGAACGUUUGUUUAUAUAACAUUUAUUGAUAUGAUACACGGUGACUUGAUCAAAAUUAUGGCCAAUUUACUUCGAAAAGGAAAUCGAACAGAACCAGCUGCACCACCAGCGCCAACACGCGCACCAGCAGCACCUGCGGGUGGAAGUAGUAAUGCCAAUAAAUUAGACGAUGGUGCAGUUAAUCCAUGGGAUGCAGCUCAGAUUUGGAUUGAAAGUAUCAAUAAGGAAGCUUCUACUAGAAAACAAUGGGCAGAUGUACACGGUUGGAUGGCUGAAUAUGAUCCAAAGGGAAAUAUCAAACCGAAACGACCUCCGAUAGAAAAUUCAACACGUUUUUCUGAUACGGUUCCUAAUUCACGCGGCCAUGACUACGGUUGGCGUUUACAAAGUACACUGGGACAAGAAAUACAAAAUCUCCAACAAAUCAUGAUGACGGAAAUUGUCGAUCAAACAUUUCUUACGGCGCUACCUGAUGACAAACAAUUGAAAUCAUUUGUUCUCAGUGAUGAUGCAGAUCAACUUGAACUUCAAGCUGAAUCAUCCCCUGAUUUCGAGUACAAAUCUGUUACAAAUGAUGAUGUGGAAGAAAUUGAGGCAAAGAAAACUCCCGAGAUUCCUGAUAAUACAUCACAAGAGAUCCCUUCGUCUCCACCUGUGAUUAUCGAAGAUAAUAACUUACAAGGCGCUUUUACACAGUCUGUCUAUGAGUAUGCAGGAAUUAUUUAUAGUAAAUCAGACAGUCCACACCAAAAUAAACUUGAUCAUGAUGUUCAAAACAUUCUCGGUUCAAGUGAUCCACCACCUGGUUUCGGUUUUCUACAUCCGAAAGUGUAUUAUCUAACACAAAGUCGUCCCAUUCCAAUGGAACCACUGCAAGAAUAA